AUGAAGAACUUGACAACGCUGAGUCCACCAAUGUCAUCGUCGGCGGCCAUGUUGCACGUCUGCAACACUGUCGAUGACUAUUUCCUUGUGCCACGAAUCUGGCUGGCUGUCGUCGUUGGCGUUACCAUCUCCAUCGUCUCCAUACUCUUUAACAUCUUCAUAUUCGUGGUCUUUGUGACCAGUAAGCAACACAGAAAUUCAUACAAUCUCUACCUACUGCUGCUAGCACUGUUUGACGUCUUUAUGGGGUUGUCGUAUAUAGCGGUGCUCUCUAUCAAGGUUUUAAUUAACUGGACUGCCAGCUAUACUCUCAAGUCAAUCUGGGUCACGUAUAUGGUGCCAAUGCUAACAGUCUCCCACAUAGCGAUCACAGCUUCAACAUACUUGAUCACGUUUGCAGCGAUUGAGAGGUACUGCAUCACAGUGAACAGCAAUAAGGUAAAUUUCCUCCAGAAAUAUCGCAGAGCGCUUGCAUUCAUUGCGGUUAUGGCUGGUGUUGUCAGUAAGGGCACGAUUCUGAAGGAAGUUACGAUCAUCACAAACACGGACUGCAUUGGUGGAUUAAACGAAUGGUCUGUGAAGCCAUCCGAUUUGCUCAUAAAACAUGAGUUGUUUAACAAAAUAUGGCGGUUUUACUUUAGAAAUAUAUUCACAAUUUUGGCGCCUUUCUUCAUCCUUCUCUACCUCAACGCAGGACUCAUUUACAGGUCCGUUAAGCUCUCGGAGAAACCAGCAUUGAAGGAAAAUACUGUUUGUCUAAGUAGGUUCUGGCUUGAAGUAACCAAAAAAGACUACUUAUUGCCAAUGUUGAAGGUUGACAAAGAUGGAGUGAACGGAUUAAAUGAUUGCACACGCUACAUUGUGACUCCAAAAGUACGAUUCGGACCGAAAUUGGCCUUUCGAAAAGCUGACACAAUUUCAGUAUUGAAAAGUGUGAUUCUUAGCGACCAAGUUUCCAUCUCUUUUACUCAAUUCCCUCUAGCCGUUAUGUAG